UCUGGACAAUGUUUUCUUUGAUUUAGUCAAAUUAAUCUUAUUUUAUUAUAUAGUUUUUAAUUAACGAAUAUUGCGUUGGAAUACGUAAAUAACACAAUUUUUUUUUUUCAUGUCCUCAUGAGACCAAGUGUGCCUAUGUUAGUUAUCAUGUACCUCUGUUGUUUGCUUUGUUGUCUCUCCUAUAUAUAAACUCAAUCUACUACUAAAGCUGAGACCAAAGUUUUUAUGUUCUUUUUUCUUCUAAUAUUAGUGAGUGCAUACAAUCCUCACAUUUGUUAAAAGGAGAAGUUAUCUAAAGAGAGUUGUUAUGGAGGAAAACUAUCUUUUGGGGUGGAAGAAGAAUAAUGAUUCAGAUAAUUGGCUUAUGAGUGUUGAAGAAGAUGAAGAAAUGGAUGUAGAAUUGCCUUCUGUUCAUCAACCACAAACACCAAUGGAACCAAUGGAUUUUUUGUCAAGAUCAUGGAGUCUAUCUGCUUCUGAAUUAUCAAAAGCUCUUGCUAAAAAUCAGAAACACUAUAGUUUUGAAAGGAAAUUUAGUGUGAUUAAUGAAUCACUUUCUCCACCUCCACAACUACCAGAGACCAAGAUGUUGAAUUCACAAAAUGGGCGAAAAGCCGGAGGGAUUGGAAGGUGGUUCCAUCACAAGGAUUCUAACAAUAACUCAGUCAAGAAGAAAGAAAAGGCACGCCUAGAAAACGCGCAUAUGCACACUGUCCUAUCCAUAGCAGGACUAGCUGCAGCAUUGGCUGCAGCAGCAGCAGCAGAGAACUCAAACGGUUCGAGUUCAAAGAUGAGCACGGCUUUAGCAUCAGCUACUGAACUCUUGGCCUCACAUUGCCUUGAAAUGGCUGAAUCAGCCGGGGCGGAUCAUGAUCGUGUAGCCUCAGUUGUUAGAUCAGCUGUAGACAUACAUAGUGCUAGUGAUCUUGUCACACUAACAGCUGCAGCUGCCACAGCUUUGAGAGGAGAAGCAGCUCUUAAGUCAAGAUUACCAAAAGAAGCAAAGAGGAAUGCAUCAAUAAGUCCAUGUGACAGAAGCAUGGUGGAAGCUCAAAGUUUUGCUGCUGUUUUCCCUAAUGACAUGGAUGAACAUGAUUCUCCGUUUGCGGGUGAAUUGCUGCAUCUCACAAGAAAAGGUAUGCAACGAUGGAAACGCGUUUCUGUUUAUAUAAACAAAAAAUCUCAGGUUGUGAUCAAGUUGAAGAGUAAACAUGUUGGUGGAGCUUUUUCUAAGAAUAACAAAUGUGUAGUAUAUGAAGUGUGUGAUGAAAGUGAACCAUGGCUAUUCAACAAAGAGAUUGAAAGCCUAGAUUUGUACCUUAGAGUAAAGACAGCUCAGGGUCUUCUAGAGUUCAAGUGCAAGAGCAAAAGCCAUAAACAAAAAUGGAUUGAUGGAAUUCAGAAGCUUCUAGAUAAAACCAGUUUAUAUGAAGAUACUGAAGGAUCAAUGACAAUGUUGAGAAUCAACAAAAGCUUUUAGACUAACUUAGUUUUUCACUUUUUGUGUUAUUUUAAUGUAUAAAAAUGUUUGAGAUAGUUCUUGGUUUGUCUGUCUUAUGAUACUUCAGAUGUAAGUUGUACUUACUAAUUGGAGUUAGUAUCUAAUAUAUUGGCAGUAAGACAGAUCUUGUUUGUAAGAAUUUUGUAAAUUCACCUAAAGACUCAUUAUUCCAAACUUAAUAGAAUUUUGCAAGAAAGAACUCAUUCUCCUGGA